AUGGGCUGCUCUGGCUGUUCCGGAGGCUGCGGCUCCAGCUGCUGUGUGCCCGUCUGCUGCUGUGUGCCAGCCUGCUCCUGCUCCGGCUACGGCAAAGGGGGCUGUGGCUCAUGUGGGGGCUCCAAGGGGGGCUGCGGCUCAACCAUGGGCUGCUCUGGCUGUUCCGGAGGCUGCGGCUCCAGCUGCUGUGUGCCCGUCUGCUGCUGUGGGGGCUGUGGCUCUUGUGGGGGCUGUGGCUCCAGCUGCUAUGUGCCCGUCUGCUCCUGUGUGCCAGCCUGCUCCUGCUCCAGCUGUGGCAAAGGGGGAUGUGGCUCGUGUGGCUGCUCCCACUGUGGCUCGUGUGGGGGCUCCAAGGGGGGCUGCAGCUCAUGUGGGGGAUCUAAGGGGGGCUGUGGCUCUUGUGGGGGCUGCGGCUCCAGCUGCUGUUCCAGCUGCUGCAUCCCCGUUUGCUGCUCCCAGUCCAGCUGCUGCAGACCCUGUUGCUCCCAGUCCAGCUGCUGUGUCCCCGUUUGCUGCUCCCAGUCCACCUGCUGCAAACCUUGUUGCUCCCAGUCCAGCUGCUGCAGACCCUGCUGCUCCCAGUCCACCUGCUGCAGACCCUGCUUCUCCCAAUCCACCUGCUGCAAACCUUGUUGCUCCCAGUCCAGCUGCUGUGUCCCCGUUUGCUGUCACUGUGGCAAAGGGGGGUGUGGCUCCUGUGGCUGCUCCCAGUCCAGCUGCUGCAGACCCUGCUGCUCCCAGUCCAGCUGCUGUGUCCCCGUUUGUUGCUCCCAGUCCAGCUGCUGCAGACCCUGCUGCUCCCAGUCCAGCUGCUGUGUCCCCGUUUGCUGUCACUGCUGCGUCCCCAUUUGCUGUUCCCAGUCCAGCUGCUGCAGACCCUGUUGCUCCCAGUCCAGCUGCUGCGUCCCCAUUUGCUGCCAGUGCAAGAUCUAA